AUGGCCUGGAGAUCUACAGGGAGAACAAAUGAAGAGCUAGUGAACAAUUUGAAAAGACAUAAUGUUAUAUCUUCCGAUCGGGUUCAGAGUGUUAUGAUGGCUGUGGAUCGUGGAUUCUUCAUUAAACAUAAUCCCUAUGAAGAUCGGCCGCAAUCGAUAGGAUACAGUGCUACCAUUAGUGCACCACACAUGCAUGCGUACACGUUGAAUGUCCUGGAACCCAAGUUGCAGCCGGGAGCUCGAGCACUCGAUGUGGGCUCAGGAAGUGGGAUUCUGACUGCAUGUUUUGCCUUGAUGGUUGGUACGAAUGGUUUGGCAGUAGGAAUAGAGCAUGUGGAAGAGCUGACCAAGCUCUCCACUGCAAACGUACAACUAGGUGAACAGAUCAAACUUAUUACUGGUGAUGGCCGCCAAGGUUACCUUCCUAAUGCACCUUACGAUGCCAUACACGUCGGCGCUGCCGCUCCUUCUAUACCACAACCUUUAGUGGAUCAGCUAAAACCGGGUGGACGUCUAGUGUGUCCGGUAGGUCCACCGGGUGGCAACCAGGUCCUCUAUCAGGUGGACAAGGACCGCACUGGACGCCACACUACGGUCACUGAACUGAUGGGCGUUAUUUACGUACCCCUCACCGAUCUCCAUCUCCAGACUAAGAUGUAA